AAGAGCGCUGAGCGAUUGUCCAGUCUGUCUCAGUGUGCUCCCGGUUGAGGAUACAAGCUCCAGGACUAGGAUGCUCGAUUAUUUCAGUUUGCGAGGAGAAAACGUUUAGCGCUUUCACAAAAAUAUACAGCCCUAACCUACUCGUGUAUAAUGAAGUGAUCGGACCCUUUAAGGUGGACGGCGGGGCCCUGGAUCCUGAAGAGUGUCUGCUGCAUGUGGAUAUGCUGUAGUAAACGAUGUGCUGCUCCGUGGCUCUGCUCUGCUGUGUCUGUGUGCUCGUGUCUCUGAACGGCGCAGCAUCACUGGACCUGCAGCCCGACAUGCCGAAUGUGUGUGAGGAGCAGGAGAUGUCUAUGCUGGGAGUGAGGCAACCGUGUGUUCAGGCGUUUACCCGUAUGGUGAAGGUGUGGCGGCAGGGCUGUUCUUCUCAGCACUGGUGUAUGGGCUACGAGAGGAGGACAGGCUAUUAUACAGUGUACAGGCAGGUGUACAGUAUGGAGAUGCAAACAGUCUACAGGUGCUGCCCAGGAUGGAUGCAGAGAGGGGAAGAGAGAGGCUGUCUUCAUAGAGUGUGUUCUUCUGGUACCUGCUUUAACGGUGGGAUGUGCUCUGAGACCAGUGAUCAGCUAUGUCAGUGUCCAGAAGGGUUCGAAGGAACGCGCUGCCAAUACGAUAUAAACGAGUGUGCGGACGAGAAUGGCGGAUGUGAAGGCACGUGCUGUAACACUAUCGGCAGUUAUUACUGCAGGUGUCCUGAUGGUAGUGAACUCGGAGAUGAUGGGAAAUCCUGCCAAGAUAAAGAUGAGUGUGAGGAGCUGAACGGUGGUUGCCAGCAGACGUGUGUGAACACACUGGGUUCGUACCACUGUGAGUGCAGAGAGGGUUUCCGCAUGCACGCCGAUGCUCGCACAUGCAUAGUGGCCAACUCUUGCUCCGUGAAGAAUGGCGGCUGUGAACACAGGUGUGUCGAUUUGGGAAACGACCAGUACAAGUGUGAAUGUCGCAGCAACUACCAGCUCAAAGGAGACGGAAAACACUGUGAAUUGAAGGAUCCCUGUAAGGAACGUAAUGGUGGAUGUUCUCAUAUCUGCAGUAAUGUGAAUGGACAGGUGCAGUGCAGCUGCAGACCAGGAUACAGACGGGAAGCCGACUUUAGGAGAUGUGAAGACAUUGAUGAAUGUGUGUCUGGUCAGGCUAAAUGUGCUCACGGCUGUGCUAAUGUGCCGGGAUCAUUCCGUUGUGUGUGUAAUCCGGGAUUCGAGCUGGGUGCUGAUGGGAAACAGUGCUAUCGUAUAGAGAUGGAGAUCGUGAACGGCUGUGAGAAAAACAACGGUGGCUGCUCUCAUCACUGUGAGCACACCACCAGCGGGCCCCUGUGCUCCUGUAACCAAGGUUACCAGCUCGCUGAGGACCUCAAGACGUGCAUAGACACGGAUGAGUGUGAAAAUGGGGAGGCGUGCUGUAGUCACUUCUGUAAAAAUUACCCAGGAGGCUAUGAGUGUGGCUGUAGACCUGGAUACACACCCAACGGCUGCACAUGUGAUGACAUUGACGAGUGUGUGUCCGAGACGUCAGGAUGUUCUCAGUACUGUGUAAACACCCUGGGCUCUUAUGAGUGUUUCUGUCAGGUGGGCUUCAGACUGGACUAUGACCAGAAAUCGUGCUCACCUCUGUAUGAUAGGGAAUUGGAGGAGGAGGAGGAGGAAGAGGAAGACGUGGUUGGCAGUGAAGAUGAGCCUGAGGUCCUCCGUUUGCCGGACUUGCUGUUCCGUCGCCCCCCUCAACUGCUGCAUUACACCGCCGCUUUAAGCGGACCGUAUGAUGAUGACACACACACUUACUACCCAGGACACCCACACAACCGAGAACAGAGAGAGGAGCUGACCAUCAUCAGCAAGAGUAUGUGUGAGGAGGGCUCAUUCGGUGACGACUGCAGUGUGAGCUGUGAGGACUGUGCCAAUGGAGGAGUGUGUCCGUUAGAGAAGGAUCGCUGUGUGUGUGCGCCCGGCUGGACUGGGGUCACCUGUAAUGACACUUGUGCUGAGGGCACAUAUGGUGUUCAGUGUAACAGUCUGUGUGUUUGUAAGAAUGGGGGCCGCUGUGACCCAGUGACGGGGAAGUGCUUGUGUCCUCCAGGGGUCCAAGGUCUGCACUGUGAAAACGGUUGUCCGCAGGGUUUCUAUGGGAGGUUCUGUCGGAGGAGGUGUAACUGCCCCAAUAAUGGACGCUGCCAUCGUCUGUAUGGGGGUUGCCUUUGCACACCCGGAAAAUAUGGCAAAUUCUGCCACCUGCCAUGUCCCAAAUGGACCCAUGGUGCGGGUUGCUCGGAGGAAUGCGAAUGUUCGCAGGAAAACUCUCUCUCUUGCGACCCCCUGAAAGGCACCUGCAUUUGUAAACCUGGCUACCAUGGCGAACACUGCCUGGCAGAAUGUGCUGACGGUCUCUUUGGCGAUGGCUGCCGUGAGCGAUGUAACUGCUCUGACGGGGAGCCGUGUGACCCUAAAACCGGAGAGUGCCAGAAGAUGUGCCCACCCGGAUACCAAGGAGAGAAAUGCCAGCUGGUGUGCGAGGCAGGUUUUUGGGGCGUAGGCUGUGCCAAUGUGUGCCGGUGUGGCAGUAAUGCAAUAACCUGUGAGGCCAGCAGUGGGCGCUGUGUGUGUGAGGCUGGAUACACUGGCGAUCAGUGUGACAGGAAGUGUCCUGAGGGCCAGUAUGGAGCCGAGUGCAACCGAGUGUGUGAGUGUGAGAAUGGUGCCGAAUGUGACCACAUCAGCGGAGCUUGUACCUGUACCGCCGGCUGGCUGGGAUCACACUGUGAAAAGAGAUGUCCUGUUGGGUUUUACGGGGAGGACUGUGCGCAGAUGUGCCAGUGCGGGAAUGAGGCCCAGUGUCACCACAUCACAGGCGCCUGCCGCUGCACCCCUGGCUGGGCACCGCCGCAAUGCAUUCUGGCUUGUCCAGCGGGUAUAUUUGGUACCAACUGCAGUCAAUCAUGUGACUGCCACAACGGAGGGUCAUGUGACCCAGUGAGCGGCCAGUGCCGGUGCACACCUGGGUGGACAGGAACCAGCUGCCAACAGAUGUGUCCUCAGGGCAGGUUCGGCCUGAACUGUUCUCAAGUGUGCACUUGUUCUGGAGAUCAGUACAGCUGUCAUCGCGUCACGGGGAAAUGCAGCUGUCUACCUGGAUACUAUGGCAACCGCUGUCAUCUCAGGUGUCGAGAGGGCACCUACGGCCCCUACUGUAAGAAGAGGUGCAGAUGUGCCAACGGAGGCCGAUGUGACUUCAGGACAGGCUCUUGCAUCUGCCAGCCAGGGUACUUGGGACCCAACUGCAGCACCAGUUGUCCCAGAGGUCGCUACGGGAGAGACUGUGCUCAGGUGUGUUUGUGUGGCGAGAGAGGACAGUGCCACCCAGAGACUGGGAGGUGUAACUGUGCCUCUGGAAGAACAGGACCGUCCUGCGAACAAGCAUGUCCUAGGGGGCGCUAUGGAGUGCAGUGUCGGAAUUUCUGUACAUGUGCGAACGGAGGAGUGUGUGAACCUGUGAAGGGGAUGUGUAGAUGUGGGCUGGGCUGGACCGGACAACACUGUGAAAAAGCUUGUGUCCCAGGUCACUAUGGUGUGAACUGUGAGCAAGAGUGUGUGUGUCAGAAUAACGGAACAUGUGAUCGCUUUACGGGAUGCUGCUCCUGCCCGUCUGGAUACUACGGUUCCGCCUGCCAACACAGAUGCCCUGCUGGCUUUUUUGGCAAGCUCUGUGCACAGUCAUGUGACUGCAAACAUGGACACCUGUGUGAUCAUGUGACCGGACAAUGCGUGUGUUUGCCAGGUUACCAUGGCGAACAGUGUGAAAAACGUUGUGACGCUGGGCGUUUUGGGCAUGAUUGUGCAGAACUCUGUGAGUGUGAUGGGGCGCCCUGUGAUCCGACCACUGGACAGUGUCUCUGUCCACCGGGAAAGACAGGAGAACACUGCGAGAAAGUUUGUGACAGCAGGUUUUAUGGUCCAGGCUGUUCUUUCCUGUGUCAGUGUGCACACGGAGGCCAGUGUGACCAGCGCACGGGUCACUGCUCAUGUCCUCUCACCUGGCUGGGACCCACCUGUGAGGAAGGUGCUUCUAUAGAUCAUGUGUCCUCUCGCGUACAGAAGAGGCGACGGCGUGUUUCACACUCCUAGUCCACAAGCACACACACUCUCCUCUGAGAUCCCACCAGAAGGCGAGUGGCAUGGGUGAAUGAGUGUGUGAGGAUCUAUGUGACUUGUUAUUAUUGUGUGUUUUCCCCCAGACGAGCAAGCCACAGGAGAAUUAGUACGAGGAAGCAAUGCAGGAAAACACAGUCACACACAAACAUCCCUUCUGGAUGCACACAAGACCACUGACAGACUGUCAAUGAUUGUGUGUGUGUAUGAGUGUCUUUGGAGAAGGGACACAUUGUGGCUAUGAACUAGUGUUUUAAUGGGAAUAUCACACACACAAUGGUGGACUAGUUUGAUGCGACUUAAAAAUGCUUGUUUUUUGAGCUCUGUGUGUGUAUACACUCGCUAAGUCCCACAUCAGACAGUCAAGCCACACCAUCCGAUCGGCCAAACGCCCACCGAGCCACAAACCCAGACCAAACUUCUCUAUUACGGGAUCAGAGUGAAGCCUCAACCGCUCAUUUCUAUAGUACAUACCACAAAUACACCACUAAAGUGGCACAUCAGAAUACAGCAACACUCAAUGGGAUUACAGCCUUCCAUACAUACCAUACACAGUCUAAAAUUGACCUUGUAAAUGUACACCAACUCUAAAUUUAAAGUUUUUUUUAUGACAUUGUCUAUAAAAUCCUCUUUUAUGGUACUUUUAUGUUGUAUUUUUAAAGUAAUAUGUAGCAUGAAUCGGGAACAUUUCUGCUAUAGAUAUCCUUUUCAAAUCCAUCUGGUUGGCUCCUGUGAGUGUGAUGCAUGUCCUGCGAUGUGAUUCCUGCGACAGCCUGACUGUAAAUAUUCACAGCAUUGUCACCCAUCAUCGUGCCAUCUGAGGUAAAUUGUUAAAGCGGAGCUGUCCGACAGGAUUUAGACACAAUCUGAUCCUUGUAAACCGAACGGACAGUUUCUCCGAAAGACGUCUUACAUGCCAAACAAGUCUAAUCUUUAUAAAUUACGGUUCUUAGCGCUCACUCAACAGUCUUUUACUGUAAAGAAAAUGCUGUAAAAAGUU